GUGUAUACAAUAAUGCAUGCGCAGUUCAAUUAAAAGUUCCAGGUAAUAUAUAUGAGGUUGACCCAGGAUGUUGCCGGAAUAUCUCUCUCUUAUUUGAUGCAUUUAUCGUUUAACACUUAUAAAAUAUUAUUAACAACGAUAACAAAAUGUCGUCAGCAGUACCAAUUGGAACGUUUCUUUUGGUAGCAUUCUUUAUAAUGGAGGUUGUUGGACUUGCAACUGAGUACUGGAUGGUAGUUGCUCAUUCAUCAGGACUACUACAAUCUCAUGCUGGACUCAUUAAGAUUUGCUACGAAAUUGCAUCUCAAGAAGCCUGUUUUUAUUAUAUUCAAUAUGCAGAGGAUUUCUUAAAUGUUCAUUAUUUUGGUAUAGCUGGAAGUUCUCUUUUAGGAUGUCUACUACUGUUUAUAGCUUGUCUAAUCGGGUUUUGUGGCUGUAGUAAACCGAACCCCAAACCAACAGUACAGAAUAUAGCUGGUGUCGGUCUCUUCGGAGGUUUCUUUUGUGGUGCGGGUGCUUUAUGGUAUUAUUUGUACUUCUUCAAAGGAACAUUUGGUGAUAUGGCUACCAUACUUUCAGUAUUCGGUGUAGACGUGGCACCCGGGUGGUCAUUUUAUUUAUGUGUAGCGGCCGGUGGCGGAGCAUUGAUAGUAUCAUUUGUUCUCAUAAUAAUAGGAUGUAGUAUGCCAGUACAUCAAGGGACAGUAGUAUCAAAUCAUCAGCCCCAGACCGUUAUAGCAAUGACAGGAGGACCUAUGCCAGUAGUUCAACAUCAGCAGUAUCCCCCAACAGUUGUUGCUAUGCAAAAUUCGGCUUAUAAUGAUCCAUUUGGACCACAACAACCUUAUGGACAUCAACCAUCUUAUGGACAUCAACCUCAACCAUCUUAUGGGAAUCAACAUGGAUAUGACCCUCAACCUGAAAAAUCAUGAUUGUAUCAACAUUGCAUUACGCAAAAUGCACUCUUGUCUAUUUAAUGUACUAUGUACUAUAGAUAGCCAUGAUAUAUUUUAUGCCACCUAGAAACAAUAAUUUAUGACAUAACAAAUGCAUACCUACACAUAUCUUUCUUUGUAGAGCAAUAGUAAAACUUAAAUGCAAAUGAACGGUGACGAAAUGUAAAUAUAGCGGUUGUUGAUUAUUUCUUGGUCAUUAACAGGGGAAGUGUUAGAGAUACGUGUUCAUGUACACUUAUCUACUUCCUGUUUGCCGCAUACAUGUACUUGAUAGCUUUUCGAUAUUUGGUGCUACACUUCAUAUUUGUAAGUGUAAUAGCACUUUCUAGGGCUAAUAAAACACAAUACUUUCUUCUGA